AUGCAUCCACAGACUCGUGAUCAUCUUCAGUCGCGGUUGAACCUGACACUGUUCGAACUGGAGGCAGGAGUGGCUCGUGCCGAUGAGGCCGUUGAGGAGGCCCAGCAGGCCAGCAGCCAAUUGUCGAAGAUGCGCUCCGAGCUGGCCAGCUUACGCAGCCGACACGACCGUGAGCUGGCCGAGAAAACCGAAGAACUGGAGGAGAUGAAGUGA